UGAAUGAUGGUUUAUUGAUAAAAAUCAAGACAUCAUCGCGGCUAAGGCCGAAUUGCGAUGUAUUUACAAGGUAAUAAUGACACACAAACAUUGUUCAAACAAUAACAAAGAUAAUUACAAAAUAAAUAAUACGGAUAAAGUAUGGUAUUGAAACUACUUGUGUUGUAGAAUUCUAGAAAGAAAUAUUAACUGAAAGUGAGUUAUGUGUCUGGGAAAUGACUAGUGUGUAUGCCAUUGUAGUAUUCAACUAUAUAAUAAUAAAAUCGAAAAUAUUAAAUUAACGGAAACAUUAAACAAAUUUGCAAGAGUUAUUUCAAAUUACGAAAACAUGAACGAUAAAGGAAUAAAAACUAUAUGAUUCGUGCAUGUGCUAUUAUUAGUUUAUGAAAACGUGGGUAGCGUAUGUGUUAACAAUACGUCUAGUAUACUGCCAGUUUGUUUAAAUUUUAUGUAUACUGAUUUCAAAUAAUUACCUAUUAAAAAAAGUUAUGUAUUAAUCACAAACAUAAUAAAAUAAUGAACAAAUCCUUAAAUCGGUGAAAAAAUAUGAAGAUUAUAGUCAAAAGCGUUUCCUGGUGUACAAUCAGAUUUGAAUAAUAGAGAUAUACUGGCGGGAAAUAAGUAAAAUAUCAUUAAAAUUAAUCUGAAACUAACCAUUUCGUGUAAAGACUAUGAAUAUUACAUAAAAUAAUUAAUUAACAACUAUUACGAAUUAAAAACUGAUUGAAUCAUGACAUUGUAUAUGUACAGUUAGAUAAUAAUUGAUUAUGAUAACUCAAGUCUAAAAAAAUCGAUCUAAAACCGUCACAUCGGGUUUCCAAUAGAAACCAUUAAUAACAAUAAGGCUUUUUUUAUCCAGGGUAGUUACUUCAGUUAUGAAACUGCUCUACCAUUGGGGCCUGCAUAAUAUCUCCGUGAUCGAUAAGUUGAUAUUGACUGCUGUCGAGCAAUUCGUAUUAUGAUGCUUUUUUAGGAAAAAGAAUAAAACCCAAAGAAACAGCAUUUAAAAGGUUGAAAAUUGUAUAUUAACAAGUAAAAUCAGACAAAGAAACCACUGCAAAUUUCAUCUAAUGAAGAGGAAUAAGGUUUUUUUUUGCAGAUGAAAGUUUUGCAUUAUAAUUCUAUGCAUGCAUGUCUUCAUUAUCGAGCAGAUAACAUCAUCUCUACAUUUAUUCUGUAUUUUAGUGUUAAAUCAAAAGGGAUUGAGAUUCAGUACGAAUAGUGUCUUCCGAAAAUUCUCUUAUCGAUUUUUUCAUCUAUGAUUUUACAAAUGACUCAUCAAAUAAUUUUUUUAAAUCGUGUGCCUCAACACCAAAACAAAAUAUAUAAUAGCAUGAAGAGAUUUGGCUGCGAUGUCUGAAGUUUUCAAAAGAUCAUUUCCUCAUGUGCAUACGACAUCAGGGUUUUUGUAGACACGUGAGAAAUGAAUCUAUGCAGACAAUGGAGCGUGAUUGAGGCAAUAUGGAACAAAGACACUAAGCUUAUUCUCUUGUCUCGCUCGCUGGACAGUAACCAUCGCCGAACCAUCGACGUUACGUAAUCAUUCUCCAAGGAUGAGUUUUAAGUACCCAUUUACUGUCUUCUUUCUUCAGGGGUGGAAUUACCGAAGCGAUCACCUUCAUCGCCAUCGAUUGUGUUGAUGGCCAGCCGAGCUGGAACGCAGUGAUUUUGCGAUGAGGUGAUGAGAUUUUAGUUUUUAAUAAAAUCAAAACCAGCUCAUUCGUUUAAGCACAAGAGAUGGAAUCUCCAUAGGGAGUAAGCUGAUUCGCGCUUGGUGUUAACGUGGAAACAGUGGUGGCCGAAGAACAUGUUGGAGUAGCGGUCAAAUUGAUCUCACGAUCGAAUCCGAUGACAAGUACUCUAUUAACUCUACCAAUAGGACUGUAAAUACAACAAAAACUAAUAACAUAGAAGGUGCCUCUUGUAAAUGUCAGCUUACUAGGAGUUUCCAUCGAUCAAAUUUUAUGUUUGAAGAAAGGUGGAAACCAAGUUAUUUUUUUGUGUUGAAUAUUAUUCAACAGUUACACGUUUUGUCGUCGAUUGGUACGGGAUUGGACGGAAUACAUUCGUGAAUAUCGAUGGAUAACACAGUUUGCGCAGCUGGUUUCGAAGAUCUUCAACGGACAUUGCCUCGUUGAUGGUGUUAAUGGAUGAUCUGGAAAGAAUUUACGGAAACUUCAUUUUAUUUUCUCCGUGUACUUACUUUAAUGAGAAAGAGAUAGGAGUUGUUGGAAGGAGAGCAUUUGGAUACCAAAAAUGGCGAUACGCCAAGGAAUAAAACGCCGGAUUGUUGGCCUGAUGGCGGUAACGAUCCCUUCAUUAAUCACCGUGUAUCUUGCCUUCCAAAGACACUCUUCGGUUUUCAGUCGGACUGGAAGAGAUCGACAACGAAUCGACCAUCGAGCCAUCACUGACCAUCCCUUACACAAUUGCUCAUGCUAUAUGAGCUACAUCAGGAGCCAUGGUGGAAGUAUCGGAGGACCAGAGUUAGAAGUUGACGAUAAAAGUAGUGUCAAGACAAACUCAACGCAGUUUUUGACACCGAGUAAGCCCAGUAAUGAAUAUAUUGCAACUCCAGCGGUUGAGUCCCCUAAAAAUUAUUUGCAAGAACCGAUAGACAAACAUCUUUUUAAUUACAUCCAUAACCCAGAGAGAACUUGUUUUCACGAGAAUGGUACAGAAAUUGAUGUCUUUCUUGUAUUCUUUGUCUUAUCAGCACCAAGCAAUUUCGAGCAACGUGAUGCCAUCCGGAGGUCCUACGGUAUGAGAGAUACAUGGCCAAGCACUGGCGGUGGGCAAGUCGUGGCGGUAUUUUUGCUGGCUUCCACCAGCAAACCAGAGCUGCAGGAAAAGAUCGACACCGAGUCCACUAACCAUGGGGACAUCGUGCAAGAGACCUUUGUUGAUUCGUACCUGAACCUGACACGUAAGACAAUCAUGGGACUGAAAUGGGUCAAGAACCAUUGUAGACACGCAAAGUUCGUCAUGAAGAUUGAUGAUGACACUUCAGUCAUCCAACCACGCCUUCUCACGAUCCUACGCAAUGCAAACCACACUAAUUAUACAUUGGGGCACGUCUUCAAGGAACCAAUUGUGAUGCGUAACAAAAAAAAUAAAUUCUACUUGUCCAAAGAAUACUAUCCCGAUAAUCACUUCCCUUCUUACCCCGUUGGCCAUGGGUAUGUCAUGACGACAGACGUGGUCGAUGCCGCUUUCAACGUCGCUGUCACUAUUCCAUUAUUCCCUUGGGAGGAUGUCUUCUUCGGUACAUGCCUUCAAAAGCUCAAUAUACACCUGAAUCACGAUACAGAUUUCUUCUUCUGGGGAAAAUACACUGCACUCCUGACUGGCAAUGUGAAAACGAUAUCAAGCAAACACGUUAUAGCAACAGAUAUCCCUCCAAAGGACAUGGUUCGUUUCUACCAAAGAUUCGUGAUGACGUGAUGAAAAAGAAAAUGAAGGCAUAAGACCCUGUGUAGAGAUUUAAUUCAGUUUGCGAAUUCGUUGCAGUGUCUCAAACUCCGAUGUUUCUCAUUCGAACAGAGAUGUUCCACGUGUGGAUACGAUCAUGUCACGUAUGCCAUAUUACUUGUUGUAAUAUGGCAUACGUGACAUAUGCCAUAUUACUUGUUGUAACAACAACCAUAUUACUUACUUUGGCUUACUUUGGUGUUGAGGCUUGAAGCUUCUGUUUAUGUACCCCUCGUUACUUGGUUAGAUGGGGAUUGUAAGGGUUGUACUUAUAAGUGGAUAUAAUCUCCAGUGUUUCUUAAGUUGAUUCUUAAAGCUGUUAAUGGUUGUGGCAUUUACGGCAGAUUCUGGAAGGCUAUUCCAGCUGUUCACACCCCGGACAGAGAAUGACACUUGUCUCUUCCUAGACUUACAUGCAGGUUUUCUCACUUUGUGGUUAUGCCCUCUAGUCCGGGAAUCUACGUUCAUAUCAAACAGGACAUCGCUCCUUAAGUCCUCAAAUUCAUGGAAGAUUUUGAACAUUUGAAUCUGAUCUGAUAUUGGCAAGAAUCUUCAAAUAUUUUAUCUGCGAGGCAUAUUUUGAGGAAAUCAAACCCCCAAACCCAUGUAUUUGUUAUGGAAUGAAGAAAUUGAUAUUCAUGGAUAAGAUAUACGGGGCGGCUAUCUCAAAAUAAUAUUUGUGUUAGGAAAAGGGUGGAGUACAUCUUUCUAGUAAACGAAAACGCGAAAAAUAAGUUUCAACAUUGUAAGGCAAGAAUUACACAUAGCAAUUUGAAGUUAUAUACAGUAAUUGUGCUCAAAAGUUAGUGAACCCCACCACAAAAAUACACUCUUUCAUGCUGAGUGUUGGAUGUAGAAAACACCACUACUAUGAUCGGCGAGCCAAGAGAAACAAACUAAUGAAUGUGAUAUUUUAUCACCUGACUUCACAAUUAAAUAUCUAAAACAUGUCAGAUCUUGAAAACACUUUUGAGCUCCACUGUAUAUGUAUGCAUACAUAUAUAUUAUAUAUAUAUAUAUAUAUGUAUAUAAAGAGAGAGCGAUCCUCAAUUAGAAGAAAUUAGAAGAAUCAAAGGUUGCUUCUAAUUUAUUGAUUAUAAAAAUAUGAAAUAGUUAUAUGGUACAGUAAUAAUGUUUUUAUUCAGUGAAGAAUAAAUUAUAUAUGGUGUAAAAUGCUAUGCAAAUAUCAGUUUCGUGCUAAACUUUAGGGGCUAAGCUGUGCAUACGGUGCAAUGUCCCAAAAUCCCCAAAUCGAUAAUUAUUAUUUUUGAAUGUUUAAUUCUGUAAUGGUUCUGGAUAGUGUAAAAAUCCGACCAGACAUAUACUCAUGGAAAUUCAACGGAAAUUAUGACGUAAACUCUACAAUUCAAUGACAAAAAUACCACUUUUAUAACUGCUGUUGUGGUUGUACUUUUGUGACGGAGAUAGCCACACAACUGCUCCAUUCAUGUUGAUAGAGGCGCAAGAAUCUGAGAUUAUACAAUGUGAGAAAGGUUUUCUGUUUAAACGGCCUACAUUUUUUUUUUAAUGUCGAUCAUUAAUGAUUCCUGGAAGUAGAUUAGAUUUUGAACUUGGCCACUGACAUUCAGUAGGAUACCCAAUGUGGCUUAUACCCUCCCCGUAUAACAAGCGGAAAACCCAGGGUUUCUUUAAAAAGUCUGACAAGUCAAAACAAAGAGGUUCAAUCCAUUUUCUAUUUUCCCAUAUUUUUUUUGACAAGCAAAAAGAGUCAUUACUCCGGACCUGUUUCUAUACUUCACCCGUUAGAGAUGGGGGAUGUUUCAAACACGUUAUGUUUUUCAAAAAAAAAAUUCAAUUCUUCUUCGGGGGGGGGGGGGGGGUCUGGAUCCGCCACUGCGCCACUUCCCUCGGUCGAAAAUUUCAUUUCUUCAUUUUGUUUGGCCAGUAGCCUAUAGAUCUGAUAAUUGAAGGGAGAAGGGUGUGCGGGGGGGGGGGGGGGCUCUUCAAUAUCCACUGUAUCCCAUAUUGCCCCACAAUUGACAGACUGUUCUAUCGUACAUGUAAACAUGACCAAAAGCGCUCAUAAACAAUAAAGUCAUUUGAUGUCUGAAAGCUUGAUAAAAUAUUCAUGGAGUCGUAUCAGUAUACCGUCCGAUUCAUCAAACGGUGGAACAAAAGACCCUACUCCUAUACCACCUGAAUUUAUCUGCUAGGUUUGAUGGCCUUUUCCUGUUCCAUUGGAUACGGAUAGAUUAUAUUAUAUGUAUGUAUGGAAGUAGAAUUGUAAUACAUGCGAUGGUCAGUGUGGUUUAAUAAGAUGGGAUAAUAAAGGUCUUUAAAGAUAUGAUAAAACCUCUUUUUGUACCGUAUCUAUAUAUUUGUUACAUAGUAACGUUUCUUGACGUGUAGACCCUUUCAAUAUCUCUCCUUCUUUCUUUCUCCCUCUCUCUGCCCGUUUCUCUUUCUCUUCCUGUCUUCAUAUUUUUAAAGACUAUUUCCUAUUAUCUCUAUGUUCGUGAAGCAUAACUAUUUUGGAUUUAUUUUUGCGUGUGUAUGUGUAAAAUAAUGCUUUGUUACAAAGUGUGAAUUCCUGUUCCAUACUGAUACAAAAAUCAAUAAAUAAAUAAAUAAAUAAAUACAUAUAUAUAUAUAUACAUGUAAUAUAAUAAAUGCGUAGCUUCACUCAAGGUCCAUCAGAGCUGUCAUAUAUAUUCUUGGUCUCGCCUCACUGCUGGCCCGCCUCCGUGCUCUAGUGGUUAAGGUGUUCAGAACCAGGGACCCUGGGUUCGAAUUAUAGUUGAGAUGUU